UCUUUCUGAGGUGACAGAUGAUUACUUGAACCAUAUUAAAAAACCGAAACUGAAAGGUUGAAUAUCAAGAAUUUUUUGGAAAAUAAGACUUGUAAAAAUGAUAUCCUUUCUUCGCACAGGACGACAAUUAUAUUUUAACUCUAAUAUAAUUAUCAGAAAUGUUUCUUCCACACCAUCAUUAUUGCUAAAAGAGAUCCAACCAAAGCAAGAAAAUGACAUCCUGGUUUUGCAAGGGGUCGAUGUUGUCUCUCCACGAGCUGAUAAAAUGCUCAACGCAGCAUGCCAACCAAAGUUCUGUCCGGAAUGCACACUAGGGCUUAAUGUUAAACACACGGAUGUUCUUAUUCUCAGCCAGUACGUUCGUUCUGAUGGCUGCAUGCUUCCGCGUCGUAUAACUGGUCUGUGCCGCCGUCAACAGAAGAAAAUGGGAAUACUCGUAACAAUGGCACAAAAAGCUGGUCUUAUGCCAAACCUAACGCCAGCUUGGAGUACCAAGGACCCUAAAAGACGAUCCGGUUGGAAAAAAUUCAACAAAUACUUCUUCGAGUCUACAAUUAAAUAUUGACAAGUAGAUUGUUUGUAUCACUUUAUAUUUAUGUAAUCCAUUAAAUCAAUUAUUAAAGAUAAUUAUUAUUAUA